AUGGCUUCCAUGUUUGAGCAGUCGGGUAACGGCACGCUGUUCCUCGGCGGGACAAAGCUCUCCGGUGCAGACAUCAGGGACCAGAAUGUACUUGCUACCCAAGCUAUCGCAAACGUGGUCAAGAGUUCCUUUGGGCCCAGCGGCCUUGACAAGAUGAUGGUGGAUGAUAUUGGAGAUGUGACUGUCACCAACGAUGGCGCCACCAUUCUCAGUCUCCUCGAUGUCGAGCACCCUGCCGGCAAGAUCCUGGUCGACCUUGCACAGCAACAAGACAAGGAAGUCGGCGAUGGCACUACAUCAGUAGUGUUGAUCGCUGCCGAGCUGCUCAGGAGAGGAAACGAGCUGAUGAAGAACCGGAUACACCCGACGACAAUCAUCACGGGCUACCGCCUGGCCCUCCGCGAGGCCGUCAAGUACAUGAACGAGCACGUCAGCAUCAAGGUUGAGCAGUUGGGUCGGGAGUCGCUCUUGAACAUUGCCAAGACGUCCAUGUCCAGCAAGAUUAUUGGCGCCGACUCGGAUUUCUUCGCCAACAUGGUCGUCGAUGCCAUGCAGGCUGUCCGGACGACGAACAACAAGAGCGAGGCGAAGUACCCCGUCAAGGCGGUCAACAUCCUCAAGGCCCACGGCAAGGGCGCCCUCGAGUCGAUUCUUGUCAAAGGCUACGCGCUCAACUGCACCGUAGCCUCGCAAGCGAUGAAGACGCGGAUACAGGACGCCAAAAUUGCCUGCUUGGAUAUGAACCUCCAAAAGGAGAGGAUGAAGCUGGGUGUUCAGAUAACAGUGGAUGACCCGGACCAGCUUGAGCAAAUCCGGGCGCGGGAGUCAGGCAUGAUUAUUGAGCGGAUAGAGAUGAUCCUGAAGGCGGGCGCAAAUGUGGUACUCACGACAAAGGGCAUCGACGACCUCUGCCUCAAGCUGUUCGUCGAGAGGGGCGCCAUGGCAGUCCGCCGGUGCAAGAAGGAGGACCUGCGCCGGAUUGCCAAGGCUACCGGCGCCACCCUGCUGAGCACACUCUCGGACCUGAACGGUGAUGAGAAGUUUGAGCCAUCAUACCUCGGUCAUGCCGACGAGGUGGUCCAGGAGCGCAUCUCGGACGAUGAAUGCAUCCUGAUCAAGGGCACCAAGGCUCACUCGUCAGCCUCCAUCAUUCUCCGCGGUCCCAACGACUUCCAACUCGACGAGAUGGAGCGCUCCGUACAUGACAGUCUGUGCGCUGUCAAGCGGACUCUGGAGAGCGGUAGCAUCGUGCCCGGCGGCGGCGCGGUUGAGACGGCUCUUCACAUUUACCUGGAGGAGUUUGCCGGCACAGUCGGCUCGCGGGAGCAGCUCGCCAUCGGCGAGUUCGCGCAGUCAUUAUUGGUGAUUCCCAAGACGCUGGCUGUCAACGCAGCCAAGGAUGCCUCAGAGCUGGUCGCACAGCUGCGGUCAAGGCACGCCCUCUCGCAGCGCAUCCAGGAGGGCGAGGCGAACGAGGACGAGAAGACGAUGGCACGCAAGAAGGCGUACAAGAACUAUGGCUUGGACCUGAUGAAGGGCAAGGUGGUGGACGAAAUUAAGGCGGGUGUGGUGGAGCCCAGCAUCAGCAAGAUUCGGCAACUCAAGAGCGCCGUGGAAGCGUGUAUCAGCAUCAUGCGCAUUGAUACCCUGAUCAAGCUGGACCCGGAGCCGCAACCGGAGGAUGACGGCCACGGCCAUUAG